AUGGCAGCACCACGGGCACCGCCGUCCUCGUCGAGGCGGUCGGCCCAGGUGCCGCCAGAGCAAGAGCCAGAUGAAAUAAUAGGAGAGUUUCGUAGAGGCAAGGAGAUCGGCCGGGGCAGUUUCGCUGCAGUAUACCUCGCCCAACAUAGAAAAAUGAAGUCUUUCGCCGCGGUCAAAGUUGUUCAGAUGGCCAAACUGACCAAGAAGCUCAAAGAGAAUCUCGCUCAAGAGAUUGACAUCCUCAAACGUUUAAAGCAUCCGCAUAUCGUGCAGUUGUUUUCAUGCACGAGUACACCCGCCCAUAUCUACUUGGUCAUGGAAUAUUGUCAGCUCUCAGAUCUGGCGCAAUUUAUGAAGAAGCGCCACACUCUGCCGACGUUCCCAGAGACCGCUGACAUCUUUCGAAAAUAUCCUAAUCCGGAAUUUGGAGGCUUGAAUGAGGUUCUUGUACGACAUUUCCUCAAACAAAUCACAAGUGCACUGCAGUAUCUCCGUGCGAGCAAUAUGAUUCACCGAGAUAUCAAGCCGCAAAACCUACUCCUCAACCCAGCGCCCAUGUACAUGUCCAAGCAAAAGGCCGAAGACGUCCCGCUCGCAGCUUCCGAGAACUCAUUGAUCCCGGCAGUAGGAAUCGUGUCGCUUCCCAUGCUCAAAAUUGCUGAUUUUGGGUUUGCCCGUCAUCUGCCCUCUACGUCGAUGGCCGAGACGCUAUGCGGGUCGCCUCUGUACAUGGCGCCGGAGAUCUUGCGAUACGAAAAGUACGAUGCGCGUGCUGAUCUAUGGUCGACUGGAACUGUGUUGCACGAAAUGGUGGUCGGUAAACCGCCGUUCCGAGCUCAGAAUCACGUCGAAUUGCUGCGCAAGAUUGAAAAGGCGAACGACGUGAUCAUAUUCGACAACAAGAACAUGGUCAUUAGUCGAGGCAUGAAAGACCUGAUUCGGAAACUAUUGAAGAAGAGCCCGGUGGAGAGAAUGACCUAUGAAGACUUGUUUAAUGAUCCCGUCGUGACUGGCGACAUACCCAACUUGGCCAGCGAGGACAUUGCUCACACACAACUGCCAGACUUGGAAGCCACAGAAUUGUGUCUAAAGGCGAGCAGAGGCGGAGAUGCAGAGCGAUCUGCAAGCGAUCACUCACACGCUCAAGCACAACCCAGGCGGUCCCAAGACGAAGUGCAGAGGCGAGCGUCCUUGAGUCCUCACGACGCAGAAUAUCAGCAGCAGCAAAUAGACGCACGUCGGCGGUCGUCCUCUGGUGCGCAACAUACACCGGAAGAGACAGGCAUACAGAUGAGACGUCAGAGCAGUCAGCGCGAGUCACGACGGCCGCCAAUGGUUGCUCAUAUGACUGCGCCCGCUCGUCAAGAGGUCACACAGCCGCAAGUACAGCAUGUUUCGGCAACACGCAUGGAACGACGUCCAAGCCGAUCGUCACCACUCGCUGGCCCGCCACUAGUCCGCGAGCCCACUCUAGAAGCAGAAAGGCCGCGAGAUGCACACGCUGCCCAUGAAGCAAAGGAAAAGACUGCGCAAGAUCUGAUGUUCGAAAAGGAGUAUGUGGUUAUUGAGAAGCGAGCUGUCGAGGUCAACGCAUUCGCAGAUGAACUGGAUGCGCAGCCUCAUCUGCAGGCUCGUGGGGGUACCAUGGUACGUCGAGCCACAACCCAAGGUCAGCCAACCUCCAUCACAGGCGCGCAGCCUGCCAGUCCAUCACGUACGAUGCAAAUGGUAACCGGUAGGACUUCGGCUCAUCAGCGUGCGGGCUCAUUCGAAAGGCGAUAUGCUCCAUCGCCCCAGUCCGCGACAAACAUGCUUAGCAAGGCGCUCAAUGCCGCCAAUGCGCGAUUGCUCGGCGCGUUGGGCACAUCCCCUCCAGCGAAAGGUGCCUCGCCGCCCCAGGGCUUUGGUGCCUUUCCUGCCUAUCCCCUGACGCAAGGCCUCCCAGCGAUCGGCAAUGGCCAAGAUUCCAAAUUGCCCUUAGACGAGGACGGCAGGAUUGUUCGGAUCGUGGAAGAGGCGGCUACCCGCAGUGAUGUCAUCUUCGGGUUUGCUGAGGUAAAGUAUCGUCAACUCAUUCCAGCCACACCCUCGUCCCAGGACCCUCUCGGAAUCCUUCAACUUGAGGCACAGGAGAACAUCCUGACUGGCUCGAAGAAUGAAGACGGCGACCAGGACAUGACCACCAUUGCCAUUGUCGGAGUUGCUGAGGAGGCUUUAGUUCUCUAUGUGAAGGCGCUGGCCAUCCUGACCAAGAUUAUUGAUCUGGCGAUAUAUUGGUGGAACAAGCAGACGAGUGGUGACCAUUCAGCAGCCGAUGCGACGGCCAAUACGUCCAACGUCGGAACGCGCAUCCUCGGUGUCGUCAAGUGGUCUCGAGAGCGCUUCAAUGAAUGCUUGGAGAAGUCCGAAGUAGUCGGACGCAAACUGCAGGCCACGCAACGGAAGCUCCCCGAGGCACAUCCCGGCCAUCCCAGCAACCAUGCGUCCGCCAGUACCACUGCGGCGAUCACAACAUCAGUCGACCACAUCCGGAUAACUAGUGGCGUCACUGCGGAGCGACUCAUGUUCGAUCGUGCGGUAGAGAUGAGCCGAGGCGCUGCCGUCGCAGAAUUGGUUGGUGAGGACUUUCAGGACUGCGAAUUGGGAUAUCGGACUUCAAUCAUGUUACUCGAGGCUGUGUUGGAGAAUGAUGAUGAGCCUCUCAUGCGCCGGCCGAGUGCGAAAAGGGACAAGUCCGCGGACGAGAUCAUAAAUGGCAUGGAGUCGGAGGAUCGGCAGACAGUGGUGAAACUCAUUGACGGGACCCGGGCUCGUCUGAGUGCACUUCGAAAGAAAAUCCAUGCUGCGCAGGUUCAACAAAAACGCGCUUCCUUCAGCGAUGGAAGAGCCCCGCGGACUGCUUCAUCGCCGACGAUGAAUGCACAUCCUCCGACAUAUUCCGGAUCUUCACCUCGAUGA